CGCUCCACACGUGACGAGCUAGCUUCAUGUAAACACACCACCGGGCUAGCAAGCUAACGCUCGUGCGUCCAUUACCGGACACUACGUUGCUAGUCGUUUGGAUUUCGCAUUAUUGUUGUCGCCACAGUAAUUUAGCACAGCUGUUAACGGUGAUCAAAUAAAAAAGAUGGCGCACGCGUGGUUGUGAAUUACACAUAGUAUAAUACGUUAGCGCGUGUGUGGAUGCAAAUGAUGCUAGGUAGCAUGUUUCCCGGUGGUAGGUGCCAAGUGUCCCCAAACUACUACAGCAGUCGUUACGCGUGGAAAUCGGGGAGAGCGUCCGCGGUGAGGACGUGUACAUUGUGCAGAGCGGUUGCGGCGAGAUAAACGACAACCUGAUGGAGCUGCUGAUUAUGAUCAACGCCUGCAAGAUUGCAUCGUCGUCUCGUGUCACCGCCGUCAUCCCCUGCUUCCCCUACGCCCGGCAGGACAAGAAGGACAAGAGCCGGGCCCCCAUAUCAGCCAAGCUGGUGGCAAACAUGUUGUCUGUGGCUGGCGCCGACCACAUUAUCACCAUGGACCUUCACGCUUCACAAAUCCAGGGCUUUUUCGACAUCGCUGUGGACAAUCUUUAUGCAGAGCCUGCUGUCCUGCAGUGGAUCCGGGAGAAUAUCCCAGAGUGGAAAAACUGCAUCAUUGUGUCUCCUGACGCUGGCGGCGCAAAGCGCGUGACGUCCAUCGCCGACCGACUCAAUGUGGACUUUGCCCUCAUCCACAAAGAGAGGAAGAAGGCCAACGAAGUGGACCGCAUGGUUCUGGUGGGCGACGUCAAGGACCGUGUGGCCAUCCUGGUGGACGACAUGGCCGACACCUGCGGCACCAUCUGCCAUGCUGCUGACAAGCUGAUUGAUGCCGGUGCCGUGAAAGUCUACGCCAUCCUCACACACGGCAUUUUCUCUGGUCCCGCCAUCUCGCGUAUCAACAACGCACCGUUUGAGGCGGUGGUGGUGACCAACACCAUCCCGCAGGAAGAGAAGAUGAAGGCGUGCCCAAAAAUACAGGUCAUCGACAUUUCCAUGAUCCUAGCUGAGGCCAUCAGGAGAACCCACAAUGGUGAAUCGGUGUCCUACCUGUUUAGCCAUGUGCCCUUGUAAAGGCGACUUGGGGAGGGGUCCCUUUGGCCCCUUCCGUCCUCCCCAUGAAAGCCAUCUGCUGCCAGCACACGUCUUCCCGAAAGGCUUCCAAGUGUCAAAAGGGUCGAGUUGGCUAAAACCUAGAAGAUUGUCUUUUGAAUGUUUUCACUGAGAUGGAGCAAAACAUCACUUCCUCUCUGCACCCCCCCCCCCCCCCUUUUUUUUUUCAACAGUGUUCCUGUCAUGUCUUGUACCUCAUGUUCGAUGAAGCAUUCCACUAUGUCACACCAUUUGAAACAUUUGUUGGGCUUUUUACUUAAAGAAGAAAGAAAUUGUACAGAAAAAUAUGAAUGUGCACCUUUGCCCCCAUCAGCAAACCCCCCCACCCCCAACAAUUCACCUAAGUUGCUGCUAAAACCUCCUCGUUCCAACAAUCCACACACAUUACUUGUGUGUCAAAAUGCUCCAAAAGGUCAUGGAAUCGAAUUGAAUCCACAAUUUUGUGAUGGUGUUAAUAAUAAUCUUGUCACAAUUAUUUUUUGCACCAGUAAUUGGUCCCUUUGUUUGUUUGUUUUUUGUAUCGUAACAAUUCAGUUUCUUUUGACAAUAAAGCUUUGACAACUGCU